GCGCCUCGGCGCCUGAGCACUGUCCACGACUCCACGGUUUGCGUUCUCCAAGAGCCCUGCCCUGGGAGACCGUUCCUCCCUUUGGGAGACGCUCCCACUCGACACCACCACCCGCCCCCGCGCCCCCUCGGCAGCGACGCCUCAAACGCUCGCCCAGCGCUUUCUCAGUCACCCCGCUCGUCCCUCCUGGCAACCGCAUUCCCGGUGUCCGGCACCCCGGGAGGGACGCGCCGUGGCCCUCGCAUUUCCUUGCCGCUCGUUCUUCGGGAGUACCCGGAUCUCUGUAGCUUCUUCCACCCCUCACUUCCCUACUCUCGGCUUCUUUCUUUCACGUCGUAACCUGUCCUCCUCUCCCAGAGAUGACGGGAGACCUUCCGUUCUCCAGGGGCUCCACCAGCCCAUAGUUCCUUCUUAGGGAGCACCUUGGUUUCCUCCCCGCUUCUUCAAGAAUCCACUUCACCUCUCCCUGCUCCUCCCAAAGAAGAGAGUGAAAGUAGGGAGCAUGGAUGGUCCCUUCUCCCUUCUGCUUCCUUCAUUUUCCGCUUCAUAGUUUGCAACCGCCCCACACCCCGUCUCCCUCUCUCGGUGGUUGCGAUGUUGUUGAGACUCCCACCCCCAAACUGCGAGCGACUCCCUCUGAAUCCACCACCGGGCGGCUGGGAAGAUGAACAUCAGGUCCUGUUGGCAAUGUUAAAAUUCCUGGGAACAAACCUGCCGUUUGUUAAGAAGCCUAAUGCCGAGUUCCGAAGAUAGGCCCUGAGAACUAAUGGAUCCGUAUUGCCGAUGUUCUCUUCGAUUUAACGCUGUCCGAGGAGGAGAUUAGGUAGUUGAAUGAGGUUUGGGUCGUACCCCUCCCAGAGGGAUCGGCCGGAGGGAGCCAUCUCGAGUACGAAAUAAAGUUGAACAGAAACUGGAUGGCUUCUACAGGGAGCCAGGCCUCUGAUAUCGACAAGAUUUUUGAAUUCUUCAGUGAUGGUGCACCUCCCACCAAAAAGCCCAGGAAGCUGCUUCCCAGCUUGAAAGCAAAGAAGCCUCGGGAACUCGUGCUGGUGAUUGGCACAGGCAUCAGUGCUGCAGUUGCACCUCAGGUUCCAGCCCUAAAAUCCUGGAAGGGGCUGAUCCAGGCCUUACUGGACGCUGCCAUUGAUUUCGAUCUUUUGGAAGAUGAGGAGAGCAAGAAAUUUCAGAAAUGUCUCCAUGAAGACAAGAACCUUGUCCAUGUUGCCCAUGACCUCAUCCAGAAACUCUCUCCCCGUACCAGUAAUGUUAGAUCCACAUUUUUCAAGGAUUGUUUAUAUGAAGUAUUUGAUGACUUAGAGUCAAAGAUGGAAGAUUCUGGAAAGCAGCUACUUCAGUCAGUUCUCCACCUGAUGGAAAAUGGAGCCCUAGUACUAACUACAAAUUUUGAUAACCUCCUGGAACUGUAUGCAGCAGAUCAGGGAAAGCAACUUGAGUCCCUUGACCUUACAGAUGAGAAAAAGGUCCUAGAAUGGGCUCAGGAAAAGCGGAAGCUGAGCGUUUUACACAUCCACGGAGUCUAUACCAACCCUAGUGGCAUUGUCCUUCAUCCAGCUGGAUAUCAGAAUGUGCUCAGGAACACCGAAGUCAUGAGAGAGAUUCAGAAACUGUAUGAAAACAAGUCCUUUCUCUUCCUGGGUUGUGGCUGGACUGUGGAUGACACCACUUUCCAAGCCCUUUUCCUGGAGGCUGUCAAGCAUAAAUCUGACUUAGAACAUUUCAUGCUGGUCCGGAGAGGAGAUGUGGAUGAAUUCAAGAAGCUUCGAGAAAACAUGCUGGACAAAGGGAUUAAGGUCAUCUCCUAUGGAAAUGAAUAUGCUGAUCUUCCCGAAUAUUUCAAGCGACUGACGUGUGAGAUCUCCACGAGGGGUAGAUCAGGAGUGGUGAGAGAAGGUCAGCUAAAUGGUUCCUCCGCAGCACACAGUGAAAUAAGAGGCUGUAGUACAUGAGAGGGUGAGAGAAAUCACCAUUAGACACAGCUGUUUAAGGCGAGGCCUGCCCUACUAUGGACAGCGUUUUAACAAACUUAGAAGAACCAUCACAGCUCCCAGGAAGUACCAAACCUAGACAUUGAUGGUUGGGGGUAGAGUAGGGGGAAAAUGUUCCAACUAAAUCCUUCAUUCCAGCUGGUUCUUGACACUCUGCUGUCUGUUCCAGUUCAGGACUCAAGUGACAGCAGGCACAAGCAUAGGCCCUCCAGGCUGGACAUGCUUGUGUCAUCGCCACAGGCCCAGGCGACCCCCACUGGUUGUGGCUACAGCUCUGCAUGAAGGACUUGGGGACCCAGAGCUGUGCCCCUUGUUGCAGUUUUGUACUCUAUAUUUGGUUUUUCAAUUAAGCUUAAUGGCUUUUUAAAAACAUGACUCAAAGCUCUAGUUUUCUAGAUCUUUUACAAUGUACAGUAUUUUAUGUAACUGAGCUAUAUUAAAAGUCUGUUCAUUUAC